AGAACCCUUUUGGAGAUUCCUGUUCUUGCGUUUCAUAAUCAAGUUCUCUCCCAGCUCUCUGGGAGAGGAAAGGAAAUUCACAGGGCUGGCCCUUAUUUCUCAGAACCAAGCACAGAUAAAUAAGGGUACAACGAGUUUGUCCUCUUGCAGAGUCCCGUUUGAAGCAGUGUUCUUACUGGCUCCUGCUCCAGCGCUUCAGUUUUUCUUAAGAGAAGUAACUUCGCAGACAUGGCCCCAGAGAUUCACAUGCCAGAACCCAUGUGCCUCAUUGGGAACACCGAGGGACAACUAGUAACUAACCAGGAAGCCCUGAAGAUUCUGUCUGCCAUCACACAGCCAGUGGUGGUGGUAGCCAUUGUGGGUCUUUAUCGCACAGGCAAAUCCUACCUGAUGAACAAGCUGGCUGGGAAGGAGAACGGCUUUUCUGUUGGAUCCACUGUACAGUCUCACACCAAGGGGAUCUGGAUGUGGUGUGUGCCCCACCCCCAAAAGCAAGAUCACACUUUGGUUCUGCUUGAUACUGAAGGACUGGGAGAUGUGGAGAAGGAUGAUGAAAAGAAUGAUACUCAGAUCAUUGCACUAGCAAUCCUCCUCAGUAGCACCUUUGUAUACAACACCAUGAACAAAAUUGACCAGGGGGCUAUUGACCUAUUGCACAAUGUGACAGAACUGACAGACUUGCUCCGGACAAGAAACUCCUCUGAUUCCAAUCAAACUGAGGGUGAGGGACCUGCUGACAUGAGCUUCUUCCCAGACUUGGUGUGGACUCUGAGAGAUUUCUUCCUGGACCUGGAAGCCAAUGGGCAUGCCAUCACAUCAGAUGAAUAUCUGGAGAAUUCACUGAAGCUGAAGCAAGGUAGUGAUGAAAGAACUCAAACAUUCAAUCUACCGCGGCUGUGCAUACAGAAGUUCUUCCCAGUAAAGAAAUGCUUUGUUUUUGACGCUCCUGCUCUUGGAAGUAAGCUUUCCCAGCUUCCAACACUCAGCAACGAGGAGCUGAAUUCAGAUUUUGUGCAGGACGUUUCAGAAUUCUGUUCUCACAUCUUCACCCAUUCUAAGACCAAGACUCUUCCAGGAGGCAUCCAGGUCAACGGGCCUCGUCUAGAAAGCCUGGUGCUGACUUAUGUCGAUGCCAUCAACAGCGGGGCUCUGCCUUCCAUAGAGAACACAGUGGUAACCUUGGCCCGGAGGGAGAACUCGGCAGCAGUGCAAAAGGCCAUUGGUCACUAUGAUCAGCUGAUGAGCGAGAAGGUGCAGCUGCCCACAGAGACUCUCCAGGAGCUGCUGGACCUGCACCGGACCUGUGAGCGAGAGGCCAUAGAAAUCUUCAGGAAGCAUUCUUUCAAGGAUGAGGAUGAGUGUUUCCAGAAAGAAUUGGAGAACCUACUAAGUGCAAAGCAGGAUGAGAUUUGUAAGAAGAACGUGGAUGCUUCUGCAGCCCUCUGCUCAACCCUACUUCUGAGUAUUUUUAAGCCUCUGGAACAAGAGGUGGCACAGGAGUUCUAUCACAAACCAGGAGGCCACAAGCUCUUCCUUCAGAGGAUGGAAGAGCUAAAGGCAAAUUACCGUCAGCAGCCAGGGAAGGGAACACAGGCUGAGGAAGUGCUGCAGACCUAUUUGAACGCCAAAGAAACAGUGAGCCAUACAAUUCUACAAACAGACCAGGUUCUCACAGACAAGGAGAUCCAGAGGAAAGCGGAGCAAGAAAGAACAGAGGCUGCCCGGCUUGAAGCACAGAGGUUGGAGGCUAUUCGCAUCCAGGAAGAGCAAAGGAAAGCAGAGAUAGAGAGACAGCAUCAAGAGCAACUGUGGCAAAUAGCGAUGGAGAAGGCAAGAUUUGCGCGAGAGCAAGAGAGGAUCCUGAAGCAGAGGGCCCAGGAAGAGGCUGAUAGAAUCAAGGCAAAGCAGGAAGCUGAACGCAGAGCACUUCAACAGCAGCUCCAACACUUGAGGGACACGAGGUACCACUGUAGACAUCCCGACUGUGUUAUAAGCUAAUAUGCCAAAACCUGAGCCCUCCAUUUCUUCUUGCUUCUUAUUGAAGACACAAAGGAACAAGAGACUGAAGGACUUCAGACAAUCAAAAGUUAAGAAGCCUCAGUGCCCCCUGUCGAACUGCCAUAUUUGUCUCAAGAUAUUUUAUGUUACUCCGGGGGUGUUAGUGGAGUAGAACUUGGCCAAUAUCUACAACUCACAUGGUAUCUCUUCUUCUGGUGGACAUAGGAAGAAGAUACCAAUGAGAAAUCAGAAAAGAUUCAUAUUUCUCAACAGGGUGGAGUUCCCUAGUCUGUGGCAGUGGGCUGGCUCUUCAGUACAGUGUACUGACCAUCUGCAUGUUCUUCUUCCUUUCCGUUUCUUUCUUAGGAGCCCAAACACAUUAUAGUCAACCUUGUCACAUGGUUAACGUCAUGUCACUCACACAUGGAGGGAGGUUUGUUCCUCUAGAAUUCUGCUGUGUCCACAUUCUAUCUCUUGUCACGUGAUUAGUGGUAAAGAAAGUCUCUUUAAUUUUGAUACACAAAAAUCACCAUUUGUCUGUUUCCAUUUUUCUUCCUUAAACUCUAUACUUGCCCAGGUAUAUUGCUCACAGGAAUUCUUAACCACAGGAAUGACACUGAUUUUAAAUCAUUUUGAUGAUUUAAAAUGUAAAGUUUUUAAAUGAUUUCUCACUAUUCUAAGCCUGUCUCUGUUUCGGGGUUGAUUUGCUUUAUUUCUUUAAACAAAAACAAAAACCAAACCCUGUGCUUGGUUUUUCUGUGUGUCUUAAAAUUCUUUUAAUUACAUGCUGUCCAUUGUUGGUAACAUAAUUAAGAUUGAUAGAUUUAUGCUUGGAAUGUGCAUUUCCCUUUUAUAUUGAGAUGUAUCUGGCAAGCAUUGUCUCAGUGUAGUUGUUCAGCUGGAAAUAGCCUUAGUUUGUUCUAAUAAAGUAAGUAGCCCUUGCCUUUAUCUAUCCAGAAGGCAAUGGGGAG